AUGACAGGGUCUGGAAUAACAUCGCUUUCAUCAAACGUGAUCUCGUCAAAUCAGAAAUCCCACAUUAUAAAAUCAUUAAAAAAACACCAAGAGGAAAGCGACGUCUCGUGGAAGUGCGAUCUUGGGGACGGAAAAUACCAUGUAAGUGCUCUCCAUCAUGUCUUAGAAGACAAGGAUACCAUGGAUAAUGGCAUGUUUAGUUGGAAUAAGGAGGUCCCAAUAAAGGUCACGUGCUUCAUUUGGAGGGAAAAAAUGGGUUGCAUCCCAUCCGAUGUGGUGCUUGCUAAAUUGGGUAUCACUUUACCAUCUAUUACAUGUUGUCUGAGUAAUUCGAUGGAGGAAACUUCUGAACAUGCAUUGGUCCGGUGCUUCUUUGCAAAAACAGUCACGGAAUGGAUUUUCAAAUGGUGCAGCAUCCCGACGGACAACAUCCAAACGGUGAAUGAGGUUCUUGACUAUGCCUUUAAUUGGGGAAAUUGCCUAAAGAGGAAGAAAAGAUUGUUGGGCAUCUGCUAUGAGACGUUAUGGAGCAUUUGGAAGGCAAUGAAUGAACGAUUAUUCAAUAAUCAACGGGUGUGUGUCACAAAAGUAGCGGAUAUAUAUUCUCGUUUGCUGGUUCAAAAGAUAAAAAUAAAUAAAUAA